CACGUGGAUAGCGGUAGCAAUUACGUUUAAAAAAGUGACAGGCAAUCGAAAGUUGAAAAAUGUCUCCGUUGGUGCGUUUCAAAUGUUGUCUCGUGUUUUUCUUGUGUUGUUUCGCAGAUUACUGGACGAUUGUGUCGUCUGGUUUCUACGCGGACAAUGGUAUUGACCAGACCAUCAUAUAUAGAACUUUGCCAAAGUCUGACAGGCGGGAGAUGCAACAGGAAAUACUCAACUUGCUCGGUUUACAUCACCGACCAAAGCCAAAGAUGCACGAAAGGAAAUACUCAGCUCCCAAGUAUUUGCUGGACUUGUACAACUCUUUCAAGGACGAGGAUGACGGCGAGAUAACCUUAGACCCAUCGAAAUCACACAACGAAUUUGUUACAAACAAUCAAAGCGUACGAAUGAUCAACGACUCUGACGUUAUUAUGAGCUUUGUCAAUCACGUCCACCAUCCAGCACCUCAUUUGCGUCAUGACCACAACAGGAGGUUCUGGUUUGAUGUUCAAGAUGUCUCCCCAGAGGAGAAUACCAUCAAGGCAGAACUCAACGUGUAUAGAGAUUUACGGCGAGGACAUCUGCCAUCCAAUGGCACUUAUCACCUUCGGAUAGACAUGCUCCGGCACGGAGCUAAGGUCGAGGAUAUCAUCUUGCAGUCAGUGGACCAAGUAACAGUGACGGAGAAGAACAAUGGCUGGCUUACGUUCAACGUGACCUAUCCUUUCUUGACAUGGAUUGCUUUUCCCAACGAGAACAUGGGUCUCCUGAUUCAUAUUUCUUCAGACUCUGUUGAACGAGAGAUCCAACCUCACGAGAUUGGUCUGAUGGGCUCUGGUGACCCUGCGGACCAACAGCCCUUCAUGGUGGCCUUCCUGAAGGGCUCUGCCAAGGCUCCCAGUCGUAAGACCCGGUCCACUCGGAGACGUCACACUGCAGACACAAGUUACAACGACCAAGAGGCACGCAACCCAUAUACGGAUUUUAAACCGACUCACAGGAAAAACAGCUGUCAGAAGAGGGAUCUUUAUGUCAGCUUUCAGGAUCUUGGCUGGCAGGACUGGAUCAUUGCACCGGACGGAUAUGCUGCUUACUACUGCCACGGUGAAUGCUCCUUUCCCCUCAACAUGAACGCCACCAACCACGCCAUCGUGCAGACACUGGUUCACUUGGUGGACCCUUCGCAGGCACCGAAGCCCUGCUGUGCUCCAAUACGGCUGUCUGCCAUCAUGGUGCUCUACUUCGACGACUCUUCGAAUGUCAUCCUCAAGAGAUACAAGAACAUGGUUGUAAAAUCCUGUGGGUGCCACUAAGCGUCGGUUCCCCAAAAAUAUGUAUGUCCACGGGGCGCUAUAAGGGAGGGAUACCGCCUUAAUCACCGGACUACAUCCUUCUGUUAGUUCUAGCUGGAAUGCCAUAUGGUUGGAUGCAAGGAUUUGAUAAACUGCUUAGUCAAGGGCUGAGAAUUAAUGGUAUAUUUUUGACUUGCUGUCAGUUGAAUGUUGUAGAAACUUGACUGACGUAUUGCUUGUCGGCAUUUUCGAGAUUCGAGCAUCUUUUGUGAGUCGCAUCUACACCACUUGAAAGUGCCUCUUGUACAGUAUUACAUUGUGGAAUUUUCUAGCCUUGUAGAUCUGACCUGUCUGUUCUCAUUUACGUAUUCAUUUUGAAUCACAUUUUACUUUUUUUUACCCACAAGUAUUUUUGCCGUGUGGUUUGGCCGCAUUGAAGUUAAGGAGCUAUAUAGCUUUUAUUCUCUUUUACUUGAAAGGCUUGCAGCUGUGUCCGUGAAAUGCGGAAAUGCGUAUUAAGCGUGGAACAUCAUCACAUAUUAAGCACGUCAUGACCUACUGCAAGAUGACCAUAACUUGAACAACAACGUAUUGUUCUCUCUGUAAUGAUUGUGUUCACAAAAAACUUUUUUUUUUAUAUCUGGAGUGGUGCUGCUUUGCUGCAUUUAUCUGCUGAUUAACAAAGUAUUUUAUUGUGCACAUUAUUGCGCAGGCGUUACUACUUACUCUCUCUGUGUAACGUGCAUCCCAUUCCUGGCUUUGUCGUAUCCUGUUGUACUUCUGUGUUUUGCCAAAUCUGAAUCUCUUGAUAAGCAUGCGCCUUUACCAACAAAAAUGCUUUGAAACGAGUAUAUGGAACAGUCAUUCAGCACAUCAUCAUCAUCCCCAUUCGAAUGUCAUAUUUUCGUCCGAUUAUCCGAGUAACUUUCUUUCGAAAGGACAGUUGCUUUGUUACCUUUUAAAAUCAGUGUAGAGAGUGUCUGAACUAAGUAUGGACAGAAUUUCAUGGAAUAAGGAAAACCCCCAUUAUUUAUCUUUUGUCUGUUACAAAAAAUGGCGAUAUAUUCUAGGUCAAAUGGGCCACAGUAUACAGUGAACCCUGGAUAUGACCAAUGCCGUUCCUGUGGAUUUUGGUCAUAAAGCAAAUUGUCAUACAAACAAGAAACGCACCCUCCGGAACAGACCACUACGCAGAACAAAGGCCUAUGUAGUUACGAUUAUUUAUUUUCUGAAAAAAUCCGUUACCACUGUUUACUUGGAGCAAUUAUCAGUAAUCACGUUUUCUGAAUUGACAGUAGUGCCACCAAUUGUGCACCCGUUACAAAUAUCCUUGCAUUGCUCAAAGAAUAAUACUGCAACCUUUACUGUUUGUGUCAGCAGCACUGUGUGACCCGGUCCUGUAGUCACUGCCUUUGUAUGCACUUCAGCGCUUUGGCGAUUUCGAAAAGUGCUACGCGUAUUCCUGAGGCCAACAACAUCAGGACUUAUCCCAAACCUUGUCAGCCUACUUUAACAUGUGUCGCCCUCUGCCCGAGGUAUGUGGUAGCCUCUCCUUGGGGCUAGUCUGAGGGUCAAGGGCCGUCGUCAUAAUAAUGAGAGGAUAAUAUGUGCGUUUGACCCUACUCGUGACACCAAUCUCGGUCAUUGUCGGAUAAGCAAAUUGUCGUACUAGAGAGGUGGAUUUACAUGGCGGCAAAACGGUUCCCAAGAAAAACGGUCAUAAAGCGAACAUGUCGGAUUAGCAGGGUCAUACCAACAUGGGUUCACUGUAAUCCCACUUGGAACCUUUUCUUCAUCUCCUUUUUUUUUGUUGUUGUUGUAAUUCUUCUAUCCCACUCUCUUCCUUGCAUAUUAACUGAGAGGGAGAACAAGAGCUGCUGACUUUUCUCCCUCGCAUUUGGUGUUAAUGGCAAAAGCUUGUUUCUGGCAGAGUGCCAACGGUGACUCGCCAUGUCUUUUCCAAAGACAGCAAUGGCAUCAGCGCACGAAAAGAAGCUGACGUUGUUACUGAUGCCAAACUUGUAUCGCUUCAUGAUUAAAAAGUUCAUUACUCAAAACUAAUUAGGUCAAUGUCCCAGGAGGUUGCUAGCAUGGCCAUAAAGUGGCUCAUUUGUCUUAGACUACAUUGCCAUUUGUUCUAAUUGAAAGACAGAAAAAAAGCAUUUCCCUGUUCUAUAAAAUUCUAUCCAUAGUUAGCACACACACCCUGUACAUAAAUCAAUAUAUAGGACACCCAACUUCAACAGAGCACUUAUGAAUUACGCUGUUUCUUACUGGCAAAACUUCGGAUUAAAAUUAUAUCCAUAUAUUUUACGGCAACCUUAUCUAAUGCUCACAGCAGCUGUGGAUUGUAUAGUUAGUCUUACGAGCCAUAUUUUUGUGCACACACCAAAUGUCACAUACAUAUUGCUACGUGUCACGUGUGUCUUCCUAUAUAUUUGUGCCAAUGUGCAUAGUUCACUAAAUGUGGUUACACACGAGUCAUACGAGAUGUGUUCCAGCAGGGUAAAAAUGUGCCGCCUUAUAGCAUCACGUCCUGUUUUGAGGUGUAUGGUCACAUACGGACGUGCCAAAUAUUUUGUGCCUUGUAAAAACUUGCUUGUGGAUGUUUUUGCCCAAAAUUGUUGACAGCUAGAGGUCAAGUGUAGUUCUAAAUGAUAGCUACUGUCACUUUAGUCUGGCACCUUGUGAAUUCAAAAGUAACAAAGUAAUAACGUGCAAGCAUUUACACGCCAAAUUAUGCUAAAAUAUGCCUAUAGAAAGUGGCUUAUACAAAGCAUAUAGAGAUUGGAGAAAUGUCGCACAUUUAAAGUGUUCCGCAUUAAAUUCUGCAACAUAUUUGUGAAUAUUUUCUUUACACAUUGCAGUUUAUUUAGCAUUUUUGCGAAGGCUAAAGCAUGUGUCCCUGCUUAGUAGCCAUAUUUGACACACCAUAUAACGUAAAGAAUUUUUCUUCCUUGUGAUAUCAUAAAAUCUCGUCUAGUGACUUUCAGAUACUGCUUUCACUGGUGCCUAUUUGUGUGGCUGAAAAGCUGUUGGUCAGAAUUCAGUUAAAUAUUUUUACAGGGCAAGGGAGAUGUCCCAGAGUGUAUUAUCAUUUGCCAGUAUUGUGAACUGUUACUCGAGGAUAUCAUGUCUUUCUUUUGAUGAUGUGUACCUUAAAGUAGUUCGUGGUAGUACUGUAUAAGAUUGUUGACGCUACACUGCUUUAAAGUGGGACCCUGCAACAGUAUCACAACAAAGGUUGUGGUAUAUCCGUAAUCUUUGGGAUGUCAGGAACAUGUGUACGAAAUAUCUCGGCUCACAACUGCGCAGAUUUUACUCAAACAAAUUAUUAUGAAACGAGCGCUUUGCCUCUGUGAAGCGAGAGGGCGCUGAAAGCAACACUGCUGACAUCAUCCGGCAUGCGGCAAGGGAGAAAGAAUGCAGGCCUGGAAGCAGACGACAAUGCUAGGUGACGUCACGGAAUCCUCCUCCGGACGAACCGCCGUAGUAUAGAGCUCUGUUUUCUGCUCUUCGCAUUUCGGUUUCAGUUUGCUAUUGUCAUCAUUUACGAAUUAAUUACUCGCGCAAAACGAACACGAACGUUGUAUUCGGUAUCAAGGGGGUGGUUCGUGUUCGGUAUGAUGCUCACCAAAUUUUUUUCGAAUCCUUGCGAAGUCUCCCUUUAAAGGGUGGUCCUACUUCAACAUUUCUAGGUGCCUUCAUGUUCCAUGGGGCCAAUAUUAAAGGGGUCAUGAAGCUGUCCCUUCUUUUUAAGGAUGUGUGUUUUUAUAAAAUGUUCAACAUUAUAUUGUUGUUGCUGCAUGUUAGUGAAUUGUUACUGUUAUUUGACACACAGUCAUGCUGUUGAGGCUUUUGCUAUCCAGUGUUUUUGGUAUGUCACUGUAUGACAUUGACAAAGAAACGAAAUAAAUAUUUUGUACUUCUGUA